AUGCGACUCGAGCAUCCGCCCCGUACCACGGGACCACCACCACCCACGACCAUCAAGACGAAGAGCUUACGUAAGUACGUCAUCACCACUGCUAAUACCAAAGUCAGCAACAACAUCAACAACAGUAACAGCAACAGCAACAACCCAACCACCACAAAGUUAUCCUCAAAUCGUCGGUAUUUACGCUCCACAUUCGCAGUUAACAGAAUUAUACGCUCUUCGUCGUCACUAUUGUUUUACUGUCAACGUCAUGUUCUCCAAUCGCGACGCAACGACAGUACUCAGGCUGCUGCCCGUAACCGUUUCGCCGUGUCCGAGCAGAUUGCCCGUGUCUUGUAUGAUCGCACGGACACUCUUACUAAGGACGGUGCUAAUCAUAACGAUGAUGAUGAUGAUGAUGAUUAUGGUAACAAUGAUGAUAAUGAUGAAUAUGAGGAGAAAGAGGAGGAAGGAGAUGAAAGCCCACACCUCACUUAUGACAAUUACGAUAACGAGGAGCGGGUACACCGCAGCACUGCCUUCAAUGUCACAUCAUCAUCAUUAUCAUGCAAGACCGACGUCUACACGUGUCGUGUCUGCGGCACGAGCCAUACGUUCCAGCCGAGCAAUGUCGCGACCGGUUCUCGGCGUCACGACCAGGUCAAAAUCACGUCCGCACUAUGCCAACAGACUACUACUACUACUUGUACUACUACUACUUCUACUACUACUACUACUACUCGUACUAAUAACACUAAUAAUAAUUUUAACAUUAAUAUUAAUAAUAAUAGAGAUAAUAUUAAUCAUGAUACUAUUACGGCUACGUCUUUUCCCAAAAUGCUUAAUAACACUGCCUUCAAUUAUCAUCAACAAAAACAUAAACAUAAACAGCGACAACCCAAACCAAUGGAACAACAACAACAGCAACAAUUACACCAACAACAACACGAAAAGAAUAUUCACGAUGAGGAGGAUACUAACGAGAACAAGAAGACGACGCGCGUGGCUGCCCCGGACGGCAAAUUUCUACGACAGAAACCGGGCGAAGCCGAAAUUAAUCCCGAAUUACUUACGAAUAAGAGUGACACGAGAGCCGAUAAAAAAGUACCGCGUAAAAGACCACACUGGCCUGAGAAUAACCACGUACACAACAACACUGCCUCGCUUAAAACAGGAAAGUUCAGCGGCCUCCGGAAAUCAUGGCGUUCCCGCAAAACGAGCACCGCAAAUUGUCGCGGGUUCACUCGCGGUAGGAGCUACGGUAUGCUGUUCUUUCUGUACCUGUUGGCAUUGCCGUUCCUACUCGGCGAUCCAUUCAACACUGGGGUACUUGCCAGUGAGUCCGCUGUCCAGAAUCCCAUGCUCGUGGGAAACCUGACGACGCGCAACGCGUCCUUAGAGCGUGUUCGCAGGUUUGAGUCUCACCAGCAGCAGCAGCAGCAGCAGCAGCAAGAUGAGCAAAAGCAAGUUGGCCAAUACCAGCAGGAACAGAGGCACUCAGGUAGCUCACUGAUGCAGCAGCAUCCUUACAACGAAUACACAUGGGAUGUUAACGCGAUAAAUCCUUGGCUUUCGGCUUGCGACCUGGCGGGUCCAGCGCCUGCCGAUCUUCAGGGGACAUGUGGACCACCUGAAGUGCCAAAGUACUGCCCGAUGCCGUGCAAAGGCCAGGGCGAUGCUAAAAAAAUUUACCGUGAGGUAGUCGAACGUCUCUACGUCCCGGUGACGUUGCGUACCGGUUCCGCUAAAUCAAACGGUAAAUGGAAAUCAUUUUCACAAUCAUCAUCAACCUCAUCAUCAUCAUUGUCUUCGUCGUCGUCGUCGUCAUCGUCAAGUGGUGGUAAUACAGCGGCUCCGGAUCAGUGCCUUUUUUACCUCGAGGAGUCGCACAAAGAUGAUAUCUGUCGGGAUGAUUUUGCGCGAUCAGAUUCAUUAAGUUUUUUAACCCCCAGAGAAAACCGGUAUUGGUUUGUAAGUGGUUUACGUUUACGUCAUUGUUGUGAACACGCGGCAAUAAAUGCAUUGGCACCUGGCAAAGGUGGACCUCUCGAGGAUGUGCUUAAUGGUGGACGUAAAUGCGUCAAUGCACUAGACAAACUUCUGAGCGUCGACGCACUUGCCGCGAGACUUCACUGCGAAUUCGGCGAGGUCCUCGCUCGUUACGACUGCGCUCAGCAGUACUCGGUCAUCCAUAACUGCACACACUGCAAGGAGGCGUAUAGAAAAUGGGUGUGCAGCACCCUGGUGCCUUACUUCGCUCACGAAGGGCCGGCAGCAUCGUUGGGCUCGGAUCGGAACAUUGACUCGAGAUUGCGGCCCUGCAGGUCCUUCUGCCAAUCCGUGGAACAGCGCUGCCCUUAUCUACUUCCGGGUGACCGUGCGCCUGCUUAUCCGACCCAGUACGCCGGCGAGCCGACUUUCCUUUGCAGAGAUCCGAACAUACCGGAAACUGGUGAACAGGCGAUGAGAGCACUGCACGGUAACGAGAAAGAGGAAUGCUGCUUUCGCGUUUGUUCCGAGGAUCUACCAGGACUGGGUGUCUGCGCAAAUUGUACUGACCGUCAGCCUCGUGGACGUCUAUUUGCUGGUGAUCCUCCUACAGCACCUCACUGUGAAACUUCUCUUCCUAUUCAAUCUACAGGUCAACCUCACAGCCCAGAGUCGUCCUCGCCAGCGCCACUGUCGACCAUGAGUGCCUCCUCGCCCUGCAGCAGCAGCAACCUUCUGGCGUCGUCCUCAUCAGCGAGCCCUUCUUCGGCGGCCCCCUCGGUCCCGCUGGUCUACCUGCUCUGUAUCUGGGCCGUCGUUCUUUCUCUCAGCACCGGGCAGACUCUUUUUCCCUGGAGUCCAGCGGCGACAACAGCGGCCACCAAGCUGCUGCUUCUCCACUCUAAUUACGUGCCUCGACCUCAAAUUAACCGUAUGACAAGACAUAAAACAUCUAUAUAUCCAUUUAAAUUAUUCCCGAUCCACUUAAUUAUUAUUAGUACCAGCAGCAACAAUAAUAAUAUUAAUAUUAAUAAUAAUAAUAAUAAUAAUAAUAAUAAUAAUAAUAAUAAUAAUAAUAAUAAUACUUACGUGAAUAUAAACAUAACCGUAAAUACUAGUAGGCAUAAAUCAUCAAGUACAUUAGCGUCACUAAAGAUGCCAGCACAAUGUAAAUUAUUAUUAUUAUUUUUAUUUGUAUAUUACUACAAUUGGUCGUCGUUUUCACACGUGUCCUGGUGGUGGUGGUGGAGACGAAGUUGGCUGAACACGUGGCUAAAUGUCAUUAAAAUUAGUUAUUACCGUUACUACAGUAGUGAAAGUAGCUGUAGUUAUUAUUACGACAUAAAUAAUAAUAAUAAUAAUAAUAAUAAUGAUAAUAAUAAUAAUAGUAAUAUUAAUAUAUACUGCUGUUAUUGUGGUGUCAAAAUAAAAUUAAGACGUAUUAUUAUUAUUUUUAUUAUUAUUAUUAUUAUUAGGAUUAUAAUUAGUGACACCAUCGAGCGCUAUUACCCGCGGGUCAGGUGGCGCUCAAGUCGUCAUCGUCAUCGUUAUCGUCGUUGUCGUUGUCGUUGUUGUUGUCGUCGUGACGGAAGUUGGGGAUAUAGUACUAGAUUUAUUUGUAGUUUUAAUAGUUGUAUUUAUAGUAGUUGUAGUAAUAAUAAUAAUAAUAAUAAUAAUAAUAAUAAUAAUAAUAAUAAUAAUAAUAAUAAUAAUAAUAAUAAUAAUUUAAAAAAUAUAAAUAAAUCGAAAUUAAUAAUAAUAAAUAUAAAUAUUAAUAAGUCAAGAAGAAAAUACAGGCGGUUCUGUUAUUACAGUCCUUGGAAAUGGAAGCUGGGAUUUUUGUAGCAUUUAAAUUUUUGGAUAUUAAAAUAUUAAUAAUAAUAAUAAUAAUAAUAAUAAAUAAUAAAACGAAUAAUUUUUAAAGCUGGAAAUCCAUGUUGAUAUAUAUAUUUCUUGGCUUCCGGUAUACCGAUGACAGGGUCAGGCCAAAUAAAAGUAAACGUCACGACAAGGAUUAAAAAGUCGGCCGCUAAAUAAAUUUAUAUUUUAUUUAAAUGCUAUUUGUUCGCACACACACACACGCACACGUCAUGACGGUGACUUUGUUCAUUUUUUUUUAUACUUCUCUCCCUGGAUUUGAAGACGGGCGAUAGGUUUGUUGAUAAUAAAUGUAGGCGGCUGUUGGGUUUUUCGAGCGAGAGUUCGAGUUUAUAUUUUGUUAGAGCGAGAGAUUUAGAUUUUUAAAUGAAAUAUAAAUAAAUAUAAUAAAAUAUAUGAAGAUUUAUUUACGCAUAAAUAUAUAUUUGGUUUUAAAUUUAUUAAUAUAUGUGUGGGCGUGGGUGUAAUCGCGUUGGAUGCCAGAAUGAUGAAGGAGAAAAUAAAAAAAUGCUUCAUAAAUAUGGAUAACGAGAAUGCGAUUGACGAAUUAACACAUCGACGGUUCUACAGUGAUAGUAAAUUAAUAAAUAAAUAAACAAUAAUUUUAAAUAAAUAAAUAAAGGAAUAGAAAAUUUUAAAAUGAAUUUCAAAAAAAAAUUAGUGAUAAAAAUUUUAAAUGAAAAUAUUUAAAAUUAUUAUACAAAAAAUCACUUAUGUAUACAUGCAAUUUUUAGAUAACGAAAAAAAAAACACUAGUAAAGUGACGAGGGUUUAGUAGAGGAUGACACCGACUGGGAAUUGUUGAGCACAAAGAGUUGGAUCUGGUGGAAAAAUAAAAUAAAAUAAAUAAAUUACUUGUAUGUUUGCGUGGGAGUGAGUGUGAAGGGAUGAAUGAGGUGGGGUAGAGGGAGGGAGAGGGAGUGAUACCAAAAGGGUUCCGGGUUGAGGAGGGUGAGAGUCGAGCUGUAGCUUAUAGUCUCCUGUAGCCUAUUGAGGGAGUUGGCAAAUGGGAUUAAAUAGAGAGAAAUAAAUGAGCAUGAAGGCGGUUAUUGUUAUCGAGGUAUAAUAUGUGUUCGUUUAGAAAUUAUAAUACAUUAUAUAUAUAUAUAAUAAUAAUAAUAAUAAUAAUAAUAAUAAUAAUAAUAAUAAUAAUAAUAAUAAUAAUAAUAAUAAUAAUAAUAAUAAUGAUAUUACUGGUAAUGAUUAUGAUGAUAAUCGGUAUUGCAUUGAUGGAAGGAAGUUAUCAAGUGACAGAUUGACACUUUCGUGGUACUGGGGGAAGAUUAAUUAUUUUUUUUACCAGGAUGAUGGAUUAAUUAAUAAGUUGUUGUUUGUUUAUUGGUUUUUUAAUGAGUCUACACGGAAAAAAAAACUUUUGCUGCAACAGGACUUGCCCUGUAACUGCAACAGGAAAGUCUCGUAGUAUUCACAAGAUCAGUCCUGCUGCAGUCACAGAAAUAGAUCUGUGACUGCAACAGGACUAGUCUUCUAGCUGCAUCAGGAUUAUUCCUGUUAUAGUUGCAGAUCUAUUCCUGCUGCAGCUGCAGGUAUAUUUCUGUUGCAGCCACGGGAAUAUAAAUGUUACUAAAUCAGGAAUAAUCCUGUGGCUACAAUAGAAAUAAACCUGCAGCUGCAGAAGGAAUAGAUCUGCAACUAUAACAGGAAUAAUCCUGAUGCGGCUACAAGACUAGUCCUGUAGCUGCUACAGAAAUUUUCUGUUGUAGCAACAGUUAUUUUUUUUUCUGUGGAUAAAGAAAGGUGAAGAUUGAAAUGUAUAAUGUAUGACUUACCUGUUUUAUUUAAUAUUAAAAUUAUUUAUAAAAGAUCGAGGUGAAAUGAGGAUUUAAUUUAGGAUCUCAAGGCGAUGAAACGGCGUUAUGGAGUUUAAAUUCGUGAUGAAUUACUUUUAAGUGAAGUUAAUGAGUCGUGAAUAAGUAAUCGGGUGUUGACGGGGGUUACUUUUACUCGACGUUAUUACUGUGUAAUUUAAAACGAUAAUUUUGCGGAUCAUUUUAGAAUAAUUAAAAACUACGAGCUGCUCAGUGUUUUUAAAAUAAAUUAUUUGAUAGAAAAAAAAUUUUUUUUGGAUACCGGAUACGGAUUUUUGAUUUUUUUAGUGGAUUUGAAAAUAAGACGGCUUGUAUUGACUGUCAGUAAUUUUUUUUUGCAAAAUGGGAGAGACUGAAAUAAUGAAACAAUUUUUUUUUUAUUUUUAGUAAAAUUGGGUGGCGGAAAAAUUUUGAAAAAUAAAUUUCAAAUCUUAUCAGUUGUUAAAAUAAUGAGCUACAAUUAUUCAAGCCAAUUCAAAAACAAAAUUACGCCUUUGCAAGUAAAUUUGAAUUUUUUAAAAUUUUAUUUUUUUGAGUGUAAAAAAUGAAGAGAACUUUUGGAAAAAGUUUAAUAGCUGAACCGUUGUAUUUUUUUUUCAAAACACGAACUGACCGAUUUAAAUUUCCCGCCGAUUCAAAAAUAUUUAAAUAGAAAACUUCGAGUAGCGAACGAGUUUCUAAUUAUUUUAAAAUAAUCUAUGGUUCAAGUUAUCGAAACAGGUAGUCAUACAUUUCAAUCUUAUAUAUAUACAUAUAUAAAAAUUUUAUAGACUUGAUUUAUACAUGAAUUUGAAAUAAAUCGGAAUAUAAAUAAUUUAUAAUACAAGAUUUGAUAAAAAAAAGUAAAUAAAAGUAAAAAUCGGUAAAAUAUAAAUUUUAUUUACAUGUGUAGUAAAGUAUAACUAUAAAAAGACAUACGUACAUAUAAAGAAUGACUUUUCCAUCUGUAAAGUUACAAAGCAUUUGUACUAAAAAUAUAAAUGGGUUUAAAAAUGAAUAUUGUCAUAAAUUUUUGUAGCGAAUAAAAUAUAAUAUAAUAAAAUAAAAUAGUUAAAGGUGAUACGGGGGUAGAAAGCAAAAUGAUGGCGUGUAAAAAUAUAUAUAUAUAUACCACAUAUUUUUCCUCCCCUUUCUAUAAUUUUUUUUAAUUUCCGUCUACCAAAAAUUAAUAUAAAUACAGGACAUGGCAAAAUUAAUGGCACUAAAGGGGAGGCAAAAUGGUUAAUGAAUAUAUAAAUAUAUAAAAAAAUCAAAAGUAGAUGGCGCUUCGUGAAUUAUCGAGAAGUACAAAGCAGGAGUUAAAUAAUAAAUUUAAUUUAAAUAAAAUAAAUAAUAAUUGUUAUUAUUAUUAUUGUUAUUAUAAGUUAGUAUAUUAAUAUAAAUACUCCGGUCUUGGCAAAUAAAAUUUCAAUUUUAAAAAUUUAAGCCUCUUAAUAAAAAAUAUUUAAAAUAUAUAUUUAUUUACAUACGUAAUUAUUUAUCCCACCUCGAUAUUUACUUCCGUCCCUCACUGCCCUCUAACGUCACUUUAACACCCCUUUCAAUCCUAUAUACAUAUAUGUCACACACAUAUAUAUGUGUACAAUGUAUACAAGGUGUCCAAAAAGUACCGCACAUAAAUUACGCGGCCGACAGAGGGCGCGAUUCUGAGACCAAAAACCCUCUAGUGUUUUUGAAUCCAACCCACAGGAAAUUAGUAAUUAAUUUAGAAAAAGUGACCAAUCAGAAGCUCUCCAGCGGAAAAAGUAUAGUGGGGGUAUCCCUACUCCUGCACGAAUCCCCACUCUUCCUUGGUUGAGGUGCGCUUCUGAUUGGUCACUUGUUUCUAAUUAAUAAUUAAUUACCUAUGGGUCAGAUUGAAAAAUGCCAGAGGACUUUUUGGCUCAAAAUUGCGUCCUCUGUCUAAUAAUCGUUGAAUUUAUGUGCAGUACUUUCGGGACACCCUGUAUAUACAUGAUAUAUGUGUAUUGUAGUGUAUUGCAUUGUAGUAUAUUAUAUUAUAUAUAAUAUACUGGAAUGACCGACCACGAAACAAAGGUCACGAUACGCACAAAUGAAAUCCACGAUACACAUCACCACUAUUUAAUUAAACGACUCGUUUAAUUAACUAUUAACGUUUGUGAUGGUUGUGUAACUUAUGCAAGACGGGAGAACGCUCAUAGUGUAGACAUUUCACACUCCAUUGUUACCAAUUACUCAUUUAUUAAACUAGUUAUUAAAACUUUUGUUAUUAUUUUAUAUUUUACGGUAAUUGAGUGAGAGGAAAUAAUGUAAUUAAAAAUUAAUAAGUUAAUUAUUGCUUUUAUAAUUGUUUUUUUGUACUGUAGUAGGAUAUCAUUUAUUCAUAUAAUUAUAUAUUUGAAUAAU